GUGACCUUCGUCGUUGUGUCCUGCAGUUCACUGUGCAGUCCUCUCUGAUCAGGCACAGACAUGACUUUGUCUCAAUCCGAGCUCGGCAAGAGGCUGAAGGAGACGAUGGAUUCUGGCAAACUGGUCAGUGAUGAGAUGGUCGUGGAGCUCAUAGAGAAGAACCUUGAGUCGCCGGCCUGCAGGAACGGAUUCCUGUUGGAUGGAUUCCCCCGAACGGUCAAACAAGCAGAGAUGCUGGACAACUUGUUGGACAAGAGAGACGAGAAGCUGGACUCUGUGAUCGAGUUCUCCGUCGAUGAUUCUCUGCUGGUUCGCAGGAUCUGUGGCAGGUGGGAGUCAGUAUGACAGAAAAUGAUUUAU